AGCAACAAGCACACUCCGAAACUGAAACUGAAACUGAAACUGAAACUGAAACUGAAACGCAAUGGGGAGAGGCAAAGGAGGGAAGAGCCGUACUCAGAGGAAGCAUUUUCAGCAAAACAGAGAAAAUGUUUGGAAGCAACCGCGUCCAGAAUCACUUCCUUCCACCACAAAUCUUUUCGAUAUUCAAAACCCCGAUUUCGAUCAAUAUUACAAGGAGCAGAACAUUGUGUCCCUCCAAGAAUGGGAUUCAUUUGUGCAAGUUCUCAGAACUCCAUUGCCUGCAGCAUUUAGAAUCAAUUCCAGUAGCCGGUUUCAUGCUGAUAUUCGGUCCCAACUGGAAAAUGACUUUGCACCUGCUCUUCAGGCUAUCGUUGUUGAAAGGGAUGAAGAGAAUGCUAUUAGACCUUUGCCAUGGUAUCCUGAGAAUCUUGCUUGGCAUUCUAAUUUUUCCCGUAUGCAGCUCAGGAAGAAUCAAGCACUUCGGAGGUUUCAUGAAUUCUUAAAGGUAGAAAAUGAAAUUGGAAAUAUUACAAGACAGGAAGCUGUCAGCAUGGUACCUCCUCUGUUCUUAGAUGUACAUUCAAAUCAUAUUGUACUUGAUAUGUGUGCUGCACCGGGUUCAAAAACAUUCCAAUUGCUUGAGAUUUUACACCAAUCAACUACAGCAGGAUCACUGCCUGAUGGAAUGGUUGUAGCAAAUGAUCUAGAUGUGCAAAGAUGUAAUCUUCUCAUCCACCAAAUAAAACGAACAUGCACAGCAAACCUAAUUGUCACAAACCAUGAAGCUCAGCACUUCCCAGGAUGUUGUUUAAACAGGCAUUAUGAUAAAAUGGGUCCAGAUCAGCAGGCUUCCGAAUUGUUAUUUGACCGUGUUCUGUGUGAUGUACCAUGCAGUGGAGAUGGUACCCUCCGCAAGGCACCUGAUCUUUGGAGGAGAUGGAACACAGGGACAGGAAAUGGGCUUCACAACCUACAAAUUUUAGUUGCCAUGCAAGGCCUAUCUUUACUUAAAGUUGGUGGAAGAAUGGUUUAUUCAACCUGCUCAAUGAAUCCUAUUGAAAAUGAAGCUGUUGUUGCAGAGGUUUUACGGAGGUGUGGAGGGUCCGUUGAACUUGUUGAUGUUUCCAGUGAGCUUCCCCAACUUAUUCGUCGGCCAGGUCUGAAGAGAUGGAAGGUAUGUGACAAGGGCAAGUCGUUGGUUUCCUGUAAAGAGGUUCCCAAGGAUCGUAGAAGUGUUGUUCUUCCCAGCAUGUUUCUGAAUGGCGGAAGCUAUCGAGAUAUUGACUGUAACAGAAUUUGCGAUGUUAAUGGAGAUUCUGAAGAUGGUGUUCAAGCAGUGUAUCCUUUGAUGCACGAGUUUACUGAGGAAGUUUCUGAUUUUCCACUAGAGCGAUGCAUGCGGUUGCUGCCCCAUGAUCAGAACUCUGGAGCUUUCUUUAUAGCUGUAUUGCAAAAGGUUUCUCCUCUGCCAGCAAUUGAGGUAAAAACUAGAAAAGAAGUUGAUAAUCAGCAUGUAGAAUCAGUAAACCAGUGCAAUGAGGACGCACAAGAAUUGCAGAAUAAUCCAUCAGAAAGUACACAUGAAGUUCGGGAACAAAUUUCCGAGGAUGAUAAAAAUGAAACCAACAAUGCAGAUUUUAAAUUGAGUCCUCUUAUAGGUGAAGGGGAUUCCAAGGAAGCCGAGGCGCCCCGUAAUGUAGAAAACAUAGCAAAGAUCAUUCCAAGCAAAAGAAAACUUCGGAUACAAAGCAAAUGGAGAGGUGUUGAUCCUGUCGUCUUCUUCAAAGAUGAAGUAAUUAUUAAGAACAUAAAGGCAUUUUAUGGUAUCCACGACCAGUUUCCAUUAGAUGGUCAUCUUGUAACAAGAAACAGUGAUACAAGCCAUGUAAAAAGAAUUUACUAUGUCUCCAAGGCAGUCAAGAAUGUUCUUGAGUUGAACUCAGUUGGGCAGCAACUUAAAAUAACUUCUGUUGGCCUGAAAAUUUUUGAAAGACAAACGUCGCGUGAAGGUAGAUCUGUACAAUGUGCUUUCCGGAUCACUUCUGAAGGAUUGCCCCUUAUCCUCCCUCACAUCACCAAACAGAUUCUAAGUGCAUCUCUUAUAGAUUUCAAGCAUCUUCUGCAGUAUAGAAAUGUAAAAUUUGCAGAUUUUAUCGAUGCCAAGUUUGGUGAAAUGGCAGCAAAUCUAAUGCCAGGCUGUUGUGUGGUAGUUCUGGGUGAAGGGAACAGAGACGAAGCAGAGGCCCUCAAGUUGGAUGAAUCAUCAAUAGCCAUUGGAUGCUGGAAGGGUGGGGCAAGUUUGACCGUGAUGGUUACAUCAAUGGAAUGUGAAGAACUGCUUGAAAGGCUUUUAAUGCGUUCAGACAGGGUAACCGAAAAGGGAUCCUCCAUGCACGAGGACGAGCUGUCUAACAACGUAGGCAAUGUAGAACAGGAGUCAGAUGGUAACAGCAAAGAUGUGGAAACUAUUUGGUGUUAAAAGCCAGAUCAGUUCUUAUUUAUGGGCACAACCAAGCAGGCAUCAAAAUUCAUUUUGAAAUUAUUUUAAUAUUAUCUUGAUUUUUUUAUUGGUUGAGUUUAUAGUCACGUGAUCAUGCAAGACAUCAAGCAAAUAGUUAAAUCUUGAGUAGGUUUUUGUUCAUGGCUCCCAUUCCUAAUCUUACACAUUUUUAGUCAUGGCUCAUAACCGUUAGUGUUCUCAUCGUUCUUCAUAGAAAAGCUAACGUACUGCUUCCAUUUUGUAUAACUAUAUCAAUAUUAAUAUUCGAUGGCUUAGGAAAGUUCAUUAACAUUGCUUGAA